CACGCACGUCGUCACGGAUCUUCCACUAGCUAGCUGUGAUCGAAACCGAAUCGUCGUGAAAAGUCUUCCCUCAAAAUACAAAAUCACACAAUGGCUUUCUGCUUUGAGUCUGUGACCAGCCUUUCCCGAUGUUUGAGGUUUACUACCUCGUUACCCCGGCUACAAGUCAGUCAUGCGAGGAGUAUACAAAGUGAGCCUGCAGAGUUACCCCUGUCGCCGCCCAGCACAUCUGAGAGUAUGUACAACUUUGUCGUAGUCGGCGGUGGUUCGGGUGGCCUUGCCCUAGCUAGCAAUCUAUCCCGCAAGUACGGCAAGGGGCAGGUUGCUGUCGUUGAACCAAGUGAUGAGCAUUUUUAUCAGCCUUUGUGGACACUUGUAGGAGGCGGUCAAAAGAAGAAAGAGCAAUCUCGUAAACUCAUGAAGGACGUGAUGCCCGGAGCGUGUGAUUGGAUCAAGGACAAGGCAGUCAAAUUUGACCCCGAGAACAACAGCCUGACAACAGCUGAGGGGAAGACAGUACAGUACAAUUACCUAGUUGUGGCUAUGGGAAUGCAGCUGAACUUUGAUAAGCUGAAGGGGCUAGUGGAGGCACUCGAGCACGACCCACAAGUGUGCUGCAAUUAUUCCUACCACACAGUUGACAAGACCUUUCAGGCAAUGCAGAAUUUCAAGAGCGGCAAUGCCAUAUUCACGUUCCCCAACACCCCCGUCAAGUGUGCUGGUGCACCGCAGAAGAUCAUGUACUUGGCUGAAGAAUAUUUCAGGGAGAAUGACAAGCGAGAUGGUGCCAACGUCAUGUACUUCUCACCGCUGGGAGCAAUUUUCAGCGCUCCAAAGUACGCCGCUGUCAUGAGCAGAAUCUGCAAGGAGCGAGGGAUCCAGGUCAACUUGAAGCACAAUCUUGUGGAGAUCAAGCCGGACACCAGGGAAGCCGUCUUUGCGAACUUGAACACCGAUCCCAAUGAGCUAAUCACAGUACCUUAUGCAAUGCUGCAUGUACCACCACCGAUGGGACCCCCGGAUAUCCUGAAGGCCAGUCCCUUGGCCGGACCCUCUGGCUUCCUCAGUGUGAGCAAGGACACUGGGCAACAUACUAAAUACCCUAAUGUCUUUGGUAUCGGUGACUGUACGGACUUCCCAACAUCCAAGACUGCGGCAGCUAUCGCUGGACAAUCAGGCAUCCUGUUGAAGACCAUUAAUGCUGUGGUCAGUGGCCUUACUCCAUAUGAAAAGUACAAUGGUUAUACAUCUUGUCCUCUUGUCACUGGACGACAAUCUUGCGUCUUGGCCGAGUUUGACUACACCCUAGAGCCUUUGGAGACAUUCCCAGUGGAUCAGAGCGUAGAGAGAAGGACUGCCUACCACAUGAAGGCUGAUCUUUUGCCUACCAUGUAUUGGAACGGACUCCUAAAGGGAAUUUGGCAUGGACCUGGGAUGUUCAGGAAGCUCCUACAUUUAGGAUUUUCAAAGUAAUGCUGAUGGCACAGAAUAAUUUGAGCCUUUCCACUGAGAGACACCAUAUGAACACCAUUGUAACCCUUGGAAACACCAUGGUAGCACCAUGGUAACACCAUGGGAACUCCAUUGAAACACCAUUGUAACACCAUGUAAACACCAUUGUAACACCAUGGAUCAGGUUGGCUCAGUGGUUUCUUUUCCUGCAGGUCACCUCCGUGGACACCGGUUUGAAUCACACCUCACAGACCAGAGCCUCCUCUGUGGUUUGGGUUUUCAGUCGCUACCAGAUGUAUUUUCCGGGGGGUCGUACAAAUGUAACUAAUAUUUGUUUUGGGCACUGGCCAGUGAUCACAGAUGGCAAGUUUAACCAAAACAGUUAAAGCCAUUGGACACUUUCGGUAAACUAUUGUCCAAGGCCCACACUUCGUGUAUCACAACUUCUAUAUAA